AUGACGCCAUCGUAUUCCAUUGAGUGGCUCUCCCAAAGCUAUCACUCCAAAUCGACAGGGAAGAAGAGUGCAGCAGAAAAAAUGGCGACAACUUUAAAACAUCACAUUCCUUGCUUGCCUCAGCCUUGUCCACCAACAACACGCUGCAAAGGAUCUCUACAACCUAAAGAACAGAGUCUGAAGAAAAGUUUUCUACAUGAGAGAGAAAAAACUGAGCCAGAUUCUGUUUCAUUGCCCAGUCCAUUGUUCUCAUCUUCUCCGAUUCUUUCAGAAAGCAGCGGAGAGUCAUCUGGUUAUGAAAGCGAAACUGUUCUAUCAGAAGCCACCUCUGUUGACGGAGAAGAUGGUCGAUGUGAUGAUUCCGGUUCUCAUCGAAAAAUGCGAACGAAAUUUACAUCGGAUCAAAUUUACAAACUGGAGAACACAUUCAGUAAGAACAAGUACUUGGGCACUUCCGAGAGAUUGAAAGUGGCAGCAAAACUACAUCUUUCUGAAACCCAGGUGAAAACGUGGUUCCAGAACCGAAGAAUGAAACUAAAGCGUGAGAUGCAAGAUCUACGUCCAGACUUCUUGAAUCCUGCUCUAAUGCCUCAAAUGAUGUUCCAGCCCGUUUCUUCUCUCCAGCACUUCAACAACCCUGUGCAGCAGCUUGCACUCCCCCCUCGCAGCCCAGAGACCCAUCCCAUACCCAUCUACCCAUCCCUCAUGCAACAAAUGGCAUUCCCUCAGUCUCCACUCCACCAUCUGCUGCUGGCUUCUGUUAAUGAGGACUGCACUGCAAAAAUAUAUAGGUCUCCUUACCUUUGUGCAAUAUAA